AUAAAAAACUUUAUUAUUCUUCUUCUAAAGCCAAAGAAAAUAAAAAAGAAAGUUAAAACCUUUUUUUUCAUGAAGAAGAUCGAAAUCAAAUUGGGGAUCACCAUCAAACUCUAGGGUUCCGGCGAAAGCACUCUCCUUUUUUUUUAAUCAUCAUCAUGAGUAGAGGAGGUCAGUCGUAUUUCAUCACUCUCCUCAGAAACCCAUCUCGUCAGAACAACCACUCCAACACCCAGAUACGUACUCUAACCCUCGACCCUUCACGCGGUGGUAGUACUAGUACUGAACCCACCAAGUCCGAUGAGCAUCACCACCAUUACACGGAGAUGGCUAAAACCGUCUCCACCAUCAUCAGAGAGAGACGCAGAUGGCAGCAGACUCUCGUAUCUGAUUUCCCUUCCUUCAAUUUCGCAGAUCCUCUCUUUCUCCGACAAAUGUUGACAUUACACAACAACAACAACAAGAGCAACAGCAACGUUAUGUUCUCUCUGUGGUUCUUCCGAUGGCUCUGCUCCACCUUCGAUUACAAACCUGAUCCCGUUUCGUUAAACCUCCUCUUCGGUGCUCUCUUGGAUGCUAAAGCCGUUAAAGCCGCGAAAAGCUUUCUCGAAACCAAUGGCUUUAAGUUUAGCCCCGAGGCAGCGUUGUUGGAUCGUUACGUUAAGUGUCUCUGCGAAGAUGGGUUGUUGGUUGAUGAAGGAAUCAGAGUGUAUACUCUGCUGAAAGAGAGUGGAGGAACCGUUCCUUCGGUUGCAACUUGCAAUGCUGUUUUGCUAGGUUGCUUGAAAGUUAGGAAACUAGAUCUCUUCUGGGAGCUUCACAAGGAGAUGAAAGAGUCAGAGCUUGAUCUAGAGAGGAGUCAGUGUUUGAUUCAAGCUUUGUGUGAUGGUGGAGAGGUUUCAGAAGGGUAUGAGCUGCUCAAGAAGGUUCUGAGACAAGGGCUUGAUCCAGGACAUGGUGUGUAUACUAAACUGAUAUCUGGCUUCUGUGAGAUUGGGAACUACGCUUGUAUGUCGGAGAUUCUCCACACGAUGAUCGCCUGGAACCAUCUCCCGAGCAUUUACACCUACCAGGAGAUCAUCAAGGGGCUGUGCAAGAACCAGAAGCAGCGGGAGGCGUUUUGUGUGUUUAAUAGUCUCAAAGAGAGAGGCUAUGCGCCUGACAGGGUCGUGUACACCACGAUGAUCCACGGUUUAUGCGAGAUGGGGUGGUUCGGGAGCGCGAGGAAGCUUUGGUUUGAGAUGAUAGAGAAAGGGAUGCGGCCCAACGAGUUCACUUACAAUGUGAUGAUACACGCGCACUUGAAAAGAGGGGAAGUUGUGCUGGCGAGGGAGCUCUACGGGGAGAUGCUUAGAGACGGGUUUGGAGAGACGACGGUGAGCUGUAAUACGAUGAUCACGGGGUUCUGCUCUUACGGGAGAGCGGACCAGGCGUUGGAGGUUUUCAAGAGAAUGUCUGAGACAGGGGUUAGACCGGAUGCGAUCACUUAUAACGCUUUGGUUCAAGGGUUUUGCAAGGAGAAUAAGGUUGAGAAAGGGAUUGGUAUGUUCAAGGAGCUCAAGGCUUUAGGUAUGAAGCCUUCUGAUAGGACUUAUGCUGCACUUCGAAAGAUGAGAGACCUGAAAAUGUCUGAUUCUUCUGUUGCAGCUUCCUUAAAUGAGAUUCUUGAGGCUGUCUGAGAGUAUGAUGAUCCACAAAACUGUAACAUUAGGUUGAUUCAUCAACAAAAAGUCAUUUCAUCUUUGUUGUUGCAGAUCUGUAUUCUUUUUUUUGGUUCUCACUUGGGAAAUAAAACAAAAAAGGGGCUUCACUGAAAGAACUCUUCA